AUGGUGCCGGUGACAGUGGUUGUGCAGGUGAUGCAAGUGGUGGUGGUGGCGGAGUUGGAGCUUGGGGUGGUGAAGGAAGCAGACAUUGAAGUGAUGGAGAGCAACAGCGUGGAGUGCAUCGUGGUGCUGCCGGACCCCCGCGGCUACUGGGACCCCGUCUUCGGCACCUGCGUCUUCCUCUUCUCCUUCCUCAUCCCGGUGGCCAUCAUCAGCAUCUGCUACAGCCUGAUGGUGAAGCGUCUCCGCAGCGUGCGCAUCCUCUCGGGCUCCAAGGAGAAGGACCGCAACCUGCGGCGCAUCACGCGCAUGGUGCUGGUGGUGGUGGCCGCCUUCGUGGUCUGCUGGACGCCCGUGCAGAUCAUGGCGCUGGCCCAGUCGCUGGGCUUCAACCUGGGCAGCCUGUUCACGCUGGUGCUCAUGCACUUCUGCAUCGCGCUGGGCUACGUCAACAGCAGCCUGAACCCCGUCCUCUACGCCUUCCUGGACGAGAACUUCAAGCGCUGCUUCAGGGAGUUCUGCCACCCGUCGCCGUUCCGCCUGGACACGCAGCAGUCGGGCCGCAUGCGCAGCAUCGCCCGCGAGGUGGCCGCCGCCUACAGCUGCAAGGGGGGCGACGGCUGCGGCGGCAGGGGGGGGCCGGGCGGGGGGAACCCCAACCCGGCGUGA